GCUGCCUUUAUAGGAAGAGACGCCGAGCUCAGAGAAGUAAUGGGGAAAUACAUUAAAUCUGAUGUUGUCGUUAUCCACGGACUCAAGGCUGUAGGAAAAUCAUCACUAGCUCGACAAUUUUGUGAACUGGUGGACUGUAAAUCUGUUUGGAUUGACCUGAAAUAUGUUGUGAAUUGUGAGGGAUUACUAAAAGCUUUAGGUCGACAAAUUUUACACGACGGCUUUACCACCGAAAGCCUCGACGAGAUGUUGACAAUCCUCACAGAAAAUAUAGCUCAUAGAAAAGAAGAGAUUCUGAUAAUUUUCGAUAAUGCUGAAGAUAUUUAUAAGGAAAAUCAAUUCGAAUUUGCAAAUCACAUAAUAGAGAGCCUGGCCCGAAUAAAGAAUGUCAAGAUUUUGAUAACAUCUAUCACUAGUCUAUCAAUGAGGAAAGAUAAUUUCGAUGAUUUUCACUUACGUCCGAUGUGCUUUUUUGACUCAGUGAAAUUAUUGGGACAUGUAUGUCCUUCAUUGAAAGAGACAACUAAAAUUGGAAAAAUUGUAGAGCUUUGUGAAGGCAUCCCCCUGGCUAUGCUUUUGUCUGGAGCUGAAAUUGCGGAUGACAAUAACCCGUUGAAUGCAGAAGAUAUUAUUGAACUACUUAGUCGGAGCAGAUUGAGGAUACUAAGCUCGGAAUAUUACGCACAAGACGACAGAAUAGAUUCCAAGUAUAAGGGAUUUUUGGAACGGCUCUCCGAAGCAUUAGAAGAGCAUUUGGCUGUCAUUAAUUACAUGCCUGGAUCGUUUAACGAAGAUGAGGCCAGAAAAAUUUUAGGUCUUUCUGAUGAAGAAAGUCAAGCUUCAUUGCGAAUGCUGCAUCAACGCCAUCUCGUGUCAACUGAUCGUGGGGGAAGAUUCAACAUUCAUGGAAUCUUGCGAGAUUGCAUUAGAGAAUAUUUAAAAAUUAAAGAUUUAAAAGGUGUUCGAACCAGGUUUUGCCAUACUUUUGCAAAUAUAUUAAAAGAAAUAGAAAACAAAUCACAAACAGAAGAUUACGCAGGUGCGAUGUGUAUGUUGAAUGUGGAACAUCAGAAUUUUCAGCAACUUUUUACUGACGUCAUUCAUUGCACAGAGGACACGUACCCUGUGUUUGUAGAUUUAGCUGCCACCACUAUCGCAGACGGAGCCGUGCUAUUUACUGCAAUGUCAACAUACGAGUUUGGAAUAGAAUAUUUCGAGAAAUGCUUGCAAAAAACAAGAGAGUUUAAAGAGGAAAUAGAUGAAUCCAAAGUAUUAACAGGAUAUGGAAGAGUGCUCACUAAUAUUAAGGGAAAUUAUGAUGAAGGAGAGAAAAAGUUUCGUGUUGCUUUUGAAUUAAGAAAACAGCAUCCAGAAAGAAGAGACUUUUACCUUGCUUUGUUAUGUCAGGCUUUUGGUUGGAACCUCGGGUGUCAAGGGAAAUUUUCCGAAUCUUUAAGUAUUUUAGAAAUGGCAUUCGAAAUCGAGAAGGAACUGAAAAUGUACUACGAAAAUCUUAUCCUUCAAACAAUGCAGUCACUCGCAAUAUUCUACAAUAUCUCAGGCGGUAUAGGGAGAGGCGAACCUUUGCAACAUGAAGUGUUAAGACGAAGACGCCACGUAAUUGGAACAGACAAGCAUCCGAUAAUCGGUUCUGUGAUGAACAACAUGGGAAUCAUGUAUAAAAACAAAGGAGACCAUGCAAAUGCAGUGCAUUUCUUUCAAAAGAGUUUAGAAAUAAAACUGGAGACAAAUGCCGCUUUAAAAGCUAUAAUAUUCUCUGAAAGGAAUGUUGCAGAGAAUCUAAUAGAAAUGGGAGAAAAUGAAAAGGCCAUAGGAUUGCUAACCAAAAGCCUUGAGCGGUUUGAAAAUAUUCCAGAUCUCUACUAUGAUGUUAGAUCUAUGCUUUAUGAGACGCUUGGUAAGGCUUAUUCAAAAUCGGGACAUUUCGAAAAUGCAGCAACAUCUUACAAAAAAGCGCUUGAACUCAGAUAUAAAAUAUCAGUGUGUGAUCUUACUUUACUUGCCCUGGCCCACGAUUAUGCAAAAUGCCUUAUCUCGCUUGGAAAAAAUGAAAAAGCUGAGAGGGUUUUACAGCGUGAAUUACGGUUACGUAACCUCAUUAUUGAACAAGAUCCUACCAAUCUUAUCAUUAUUGAUUGCAUUAUGUUGUUGAUGGAUGUGAAGUUCACUCUCAGAUUGAAAGAAGAACUGGUACGUACCUUCAAUCACGCCAAGGAUGAGCUACAUCGACUGAUUCUUGUAUUUGAAAAUUUAAGAAAUUUCAAUAAACGUGAAGAAAUGUCUGAACGUUUAACAAAACUAAAACUUAAAUUUGAUGACAUGAUGAAAACGUUUGACGUUUGUAGCGAAACACGAUCAAAAAGCUUAUUUGAGUCAAAUGCAGUGUUAUAUUCUUUCUGUUUAAUUAAGGUGUGUCUUGUUAUUCUCACUGCCUAUAUAAAAGCAAGGAAUAAGUAGAGAUUUAAAAGUUUUCUUCAAGAAAAGUUGAUGAACAAGAUACUCUUUAUCAUAUCAUAUUUGUAAAGUAUAAAUUUGCGUCCUAUACAUUUAAUCCUUUAUGAGCUAUGCGACCCAUUUAAACUUCCUUAAUCAAUGAUAACAUAUCGAAACUCACAGUACGCUUGAGAUUC